AUGAAGUCAACCACAGCUUUUGUCGUCUUUCUGACUGCCGUUUCCCAAUUGAUGGGAACGGCAGUUGCAGCCACGGCCACGGCCGCAGCCAGCGGAACCAAGCCUACACAAGCACCCAAGGAGAACGCCAAGUUAGGAACACCGACAUCGCAGGGAUGCUACAAGUCAUAUGGAAACAUGACAGAUAGCGGACUUGAAGAAACCAAAGUUUCUUCAGGCGGGUGUAGGGAGGCUUGUCAAGCAAAGAGCUUUCCAGUCUUCGCUUUGGGUGGCGGUGUUCAAUGCAAGUGCGGAAAUCUAUAUCCCGCCAAAAGCGAUCUCACGGACGACUCGGCUUGUAACCAAGAAUGCCAGGCCUACCCUCUGGAGGCUUGUGGUAACCUCGAUGCUACAGCAUGGUCAAUCUGGAACACUGGUGACAAAAUCUCCAUUCCUUACUACGAAAAGGUAGAGACAUCGAGUAGUAGCUCUGUCCCUGCUGCGACCAGCACGACGGCUGGCAAGCCAAGUUCAACUGGCGACCCUGCAACAACAGAAACUUCGGGUAGCGACGAAAAGAAAUCAAGCAGCAAUCUCGGAGCAAUCAUCGGUGGCGUGGUUGCUGGUGUGGUCGUCAUUUGUGCCAUUGUGGGUGGACUGUUUUUCUUCAUGCGACGAAGACGCAACUCAGAGAUAGAGGAAGAGUAUCGUCGAAAUGCCGCUGUCAAUGCCUUUAUUAGCGGCUCCAAGCCUCCAGGAAGCAGCGCUGGCAGUAUCUCUAUGACUGACUCUCGCCUGGACCCUAUCAAGGCCCACCGGCUAAGUGACGGCAGUAUUGCCGACAAUGAGGACUACUCCCGGAAGAUUCUCAGGUCCUAUAUCUAA